AAUUUUUGAAAAAAAAUGUCUGAAAUGAUUGAAGCGGCAUCACAAUCAUCAUCGUUAUCAACAUCAACAAAUUCUUUGAAUAAUCGAUUCUGGAUAACUGUUGACGAUUCUAAAAAUUUUUCAUCAUUAUUUUGUUCAACAAAAUUAUCAAUCGAAAGAAAAGAUGAAAUUAAUAAGAACAAAAUUAAUCGAUCAUUGACAUCAAAUAUUGAACAACAACAACAAAUUGAACGUCGUGUACAUUGGAAUCCAUUUCUUGUGCAAUUACUUCGAUCAUCCUCACCGUUGAAUAAUCUCAGCAUUCUUAUCAAACAAAUGGCUAAAUUAUUCUAUUCACACGGCAAAUUUUGUGCCUCACAUCCAUGGGAAGUGAUGGUCAUAUUUUUAUCAUUGGCUAUCUGUAUUGGAACGAUGGGUCCGUUUGUGAUGAUUGAACAACAUAAUCAUAAUCAUCAUCAACAGCAGCAGCAUCAUCAACAACAACAAACGAUACUUGAUAAAUCAAUGAGAUUUUAUGGUCCACAACAACAAAGAUCAUGUCAAAAUCAUCGUGAAGAUACGACAUUUUUUCAUAGACAUUCGAAAAAAUUAGACGAUAAUGAUUCAUUUCAAUUCGAUGAUUGCUCAAAUUCACAUCAGUCAAAACCAACAAAUGUAGAAUAUAAUAGUCGAACGCAACAGCAGCCUUAUCAAUCACAGCCAAACAAUUUAGAUAGUACAGAAAUAUUAAUAUUAACAAUAUCACGUUGUCUGGCUUUAUUAUAUAUUUAUCACCAAUUCCGUAAUUUAUACAAUCAAUCAAAAUAUUUGGUCGGUAUUGCCGUUUUAUUUACCGUAUUUUCCAGUAUAAUGUUCAUGUCGGGUGUUUUGAAUUUUUUUGAUGGUAAUUUUGCCGUUUUAAAUAAGGCGAUGCCCUUCUUUAUAUUGUUAUCUGAUCUAAGUAAAUCAUGUUCAUUAGCAAGAUUUGCUCUUUCAUCAUCGAAUAGAGAAGAAAUACAUGAAAAUAUCGCUAGAGGAAUGGCAACUCUUGGCCCUUCGCUUACAUUAGACACAAUGGUUGAAACGUUGGCCAUCGGUAUGGGUACCAUUUCGGGACUGCCUCGUCUGGCAGAAAUUAGUUACAUAGCCUGUUUAACUGUAAUUGUUAAUUAUAUCGUAUUUAUGACAUUCUUUCCCGCCACAUUAUCCUUGGUUCUUGAAUUGGCCCAUGAUGGUGCAAAUAAACCAGCCUGGCAGUUCAGCUCAUUGGCCAAAGUUUUACAAUUGGAAACUGAACAUACACCUAAUCCAGUGAUUCAGCGAGUGAAAUUGAUGAUGUCAGCUGGCCUUAUGUUGGUACAUAUGCUUAGCCGAUGGCCAUUGGUUAAUGAUGAAAAUGAUGGCGGUGUAUUGAAUUCCUUCAAAACAUCAUCAGCCGUUUCAUCAGCAAGUGAUAAAUUAGCCGAUGAUGAAAGGAUCAAUUCAUUUGCGACCGGAUUAAUGAAUGCUGUUGGUACCGAGCAAAUUCUCAUGAUUGGCCUAAUGUUUGCUUUGACCAUAAAAUAUUUUUGGUUCGAAAAUCUUGAUAUUCAUUCCCGACUUUCCUCCAAUGAUAUUCACGAUUCAAACUCCAGUUAUGUGUCGUCAAAGUCAUCUUACAAAAAUUCCGAGCUUAAAGAAGACAGCAGUGAAACUAGUUCAAAUAUUAGCGAAAGCUGUAGUAAUACGACAUCUACCACACCAUCAUCAACAAGACCAACGACGCCAAUUACGAUAUCUACUGGGGAUGAAUCUGAUAAUUCUUCGCAACACACUACCAAAUCAAAUAAUACGACCAAUUCCUCGACCACAGAAAAUUCGGAUACUGAAAGUGUCCUAGGUCAAUGUCGUCAUAAAUUAUCAUUCUCUUCAAAUGGAAGACGAACUUCCGCCAAAAAUAUAUGUGUUGAUGAUCAACUCGCAAGCAGUGGUCAUGGCACGGAUAUUGAAAAUGAUUCGACACAAAUUCCACAUAAUAAUAAUAAAUCCGAUUCGCCAGCAUUUUUCAUUGGUGAUGAUUAUUGUGGCGAUUCUUCUGAUUGUUAUUCAUCCGAUUCAAAUGUUCCAGAAUAUACAGAUUCCAGUACACAAACAGAUUUGGUUCCAAAUAUUGUCGCACCUAUCAUUUCAACUGAAUCAAACACAUUGCCAAUCGUUGAUGAUGAUACAUUUAGAGAUAUGAAUGAAUUGUUAUUAAUUCUUGGUCAAGAAGAUGGUUAUUCAAAACUUUCAAAUAGGGAACUUGAAUUUCUCGUUACUAACAAAAAAGUUCCCGCUUAUAAACUUGAAUCAUUGUUAAAUAAUCCUGAACGAGGAGUAUCUGUUCGAAGAAAAGUGAUCGAAAAUUUGGCCGGUUCACAAGGCGUCUUAACUAAUGUUCCUUUUCAUGAUUAUAAUUAUAAUCUUGUUUUAGGAGCUUGUUGUGAAAACGUUAUUGGUUACAUGCCGAUUCCACUUGGGGUUGCUGGCCCAUUAUUAUUGAAUGGCCGACAAUAUUAUGUGCCGAUGGCAACAACGGAAGGAUGUUUAGUUGCCAGUACAAAUCGAGGCUGUAGUGCAAUAGCAGCCGCUGGCGGUUGUCGUGCUAAAGUCUAUUUCGAUGGGAUGACUCGUGGUCCACUUCUCUAUUUCCGUAGUGCUAUGGAUGCCGCCGCUGCACAAGAAUGGAUUAAUAGAACGGAAAAUUUUUACACCAUCAAAAAAGCUUUUGAUUCAACAUCACGUUUCGCUCGUUUACAAAGCAUCAAAUGUUCACUUGCUGGACGAUAUCUUUUUCUAAGAUUUGUGGCGUCAACUGGUGAUGCCAUGGGUAUGAAUAUGUUAUCAAAAGGCACCGAAUUAGCGUUAGAAGAAUUGGCCAAACAUGUUAACGGAUUAGAAUUAAAAUGUUUGAGCGGCAAUUUCUGUACUGACAAAAAACCAUCAGCAGUCAAUUGGAUUGAUGGCCGAGGUAAAUCGGUUGUCUGUGAAGCAAGAAUUCCCAAAAGCGUUGUACAAAAAGUUCUCAAAAUAGAUGUGAAAAAAAUCGCACAUCUUGGUAAUUCUAAAAAUCUGAUCGGAUCUGCUCUUGCUGGAUCAAUUGGUGGUAAUAACGCGCAAGCAGCUAAUAUUGUCGCUGCUAUUUACAUAGCUACUGGACAGGAUCCAGCACAAGUGGUCGGAAGUGCCAAUUGUAUGACAUUAUUAGAAGUAGAAGAUAAUGGAGAUUUGUACAUAUCCUGCACGAUGCCUUCUAUUGAAAUCGGUACCAUUGGAGGUGGUACGGUUCUCGGACCACAAGGAGCAUGUCUUGAGCUUCUUGGAUUGAAAAAUAAAAAUCUAGCACCGGGUGAAAAUACUAGACAAUUGGCACAAAUAGUUUGCGCGACCGUACUGGCUGGUGAAUUAUCAUUAAUAUCCGCAUUAGCUGCUGGCCAUUUAGUUCGUUCGCAUAUGAAACAUAAUCGUUCAACAAUAAACAUUCAAGCAUCGGCGGCUGCCGCCACACUCGAAACAUUGUGUCCGAGGUCAUCGGUUCCCGCAUUUGUGGGUUCCAACGGCGUAACGUCACAAUCCACAUCCAAUUUUACGUUAACAGUACCUAGGACAGGAAUUUAAUCCUAAAGAAAAGAUAACAAAUAAAAACUGGUCCUGAUGAUAUCA